AUGUUAAAAAAAAAAAGAUAUAAUAAUGAAAGUAGUGCAAAAAAAAAGGUAUGUGCUAUUGGUUCUUGUGUUGUUGGUGAUGAAAAAGCUUAUAAUGCAUGUGGAAAAGAAGAAAACAAGCCUAGAUUUAGUAAAUUAGUCUUAUCAGAUAUUGCAAUUCAUUUGGUUUUAACAUCAGUUCACACAGGACAAAUCAAAAAUUUAAUUAGAAUUGUGCCAUGGGCUAUAGACCCACCUGAUAGAGAUAAGGAUAGUAAAGAAUUAGAUGUUACAGGUUCAAUGAUUAAACAUUAUAAAGUUCCUGUUGCUGGCAGUAAAACUUUACUAACUUCUUUAAUUCAAAAAAUGAGAUUACAUUUUUUUUUGGUUAGAAUUUGUGAUAAAGAUUUGGCAAGAAAAAUACAGAAUGAUAUAACUCCUAAAGAAAUUUUUAUAGAUUCAAAAAAAUUAGAUGACCCAGAAUUGAAAGAUUAUUUUCAAAUCUUAGCUAAAUAUUAUAGAGAAAUUAAUUGUGAUCAAACAGGAUGUUUACUAAAAGACUGGAAUUUUUAUAUAUGUUAUCAAUUUAGCAAAGAUGAACAAAAAGUUUGUAUGCUCCCAGAAGAAGAUGAUACAGACAGUAUCAUUUUUGACACAACAAAUUUUGUAUUAAUCUUAGUGGUUGAUUAUAUACCUAGAUUUUUUAAAAUAAGAAGACUUCGUAACAAAAUACUACCACCAGAUACUCAAAAUCCAAAUCAACAAGAUCCUCGAUAUUUAACAAAUAAUAAUAU